UGUUUAGAGUUGGCUACUGCAAAAGGUCAAAAACAAGCAACUGAUAAAUUUAAAAAAUGUAAUAUUAACUUUGAGUCAAUAUUCGAUGUAAAACGGCUACAAAAACGAUUUCUUGAAUCUGACAAUUUCUGA